AUGGGGGACCUGCCCGGCCUGGUGCGCCUCUCCAUCGCUCUGCGCAUCCAGCCCAAUGAUGGCCCAGUCUUCUUCAAGGUGGACGGGCAGCGCUUCGGCCAGAACCGCACCAUCAAGCUGCUCACCGGCUCCUCCUACAAGGUGGAGGUGAAGAUUAAGCCCAGCACGCUGCAGGUCGAGAACAUUUCCAUUGGUGGUGUGGCGGUCCCACUGGAGCUGAAGUCUAAAGAGCCUGAUGGGGACAGAAUUGUUUAUACGGGCACAUACGACACAGAAGGUGUAGCCCCAACCAAGAGUGGAGAACGGCAACCCAUCCAGAUCACCAUGCCGAAGUGCCAAGAACAACCACCUCAGGGAUCUCUUGUGGGCAUGAGCACAUUCUUCAGUGUAUGCCAUCUCAAAGAACAAAUGUUCUUUGCUUUUUUUUCAGAUUGUUUGCUUUGUACUCUAAGAGAGGGCUUCUUGCGGGCCAUCAGAAUUAUCUGGGAUGUUUGUUAAAAUGUAGGUUCCUGCACUCCGCCUUUUCAGACCUGCCAAAUUAGGUGAACUCUGAGAGAAAAAUUCAAAACAUCUGCAUCUUAAGAAGAACCUUAGAUGAUCUUUAUCACAGUAACAUUUGGAAAUCACU